CGCCUCCGCUCCUCCAGCGCCAUGGCGGAGCAGACCUACUCCUGGGCCUAUUCUCUGGUGGAUUCCAGUCAAGUGUCUACAUUUCUGAUUUCCAUCCUCCUCAUAGUCUAUGGCAGUUUCAGGUCUCUUAAUAUGGACUUUGAAAAUCAAGAUAAAGAAAAAGACAGCAACAAUUCAUCUGGAUCUUUCAAUGGCAACAGCACCAAUAACAGUAUCCAAACGAUCGACUCUACCCAGGCAUUAUUCCUUCCAAUUGGAGCAUCUGUGUCUCUUCUAGUCAUGUUCUUCUUCUUUGAUUCAGUUCAAGUAGUCUUUACAAUAUGCACAGCGGUUCUCGCAACGAUAGCCUUUGCUUUCCUUCUGCUCCCGAUGUGCCAGUAUUUAACACGACCCUGUUCGCCUCAGAACAAGAUUUCUUUUGGCUGCUGUGGGCGUUUUACUGCUGCUGAGCUGCUAUCAUUCUCCCUCUCUGUCAUGCUCGUCCUCAUCUGGGUCCUAACUGGCCACUGGCUCCUCAUGGAUGCACUGGCCAUGGGCCUUUGCGUUGCUAUGAUUGCCUUCGUCCGGCUGCCAAGCCUCAAGGUUUCCUGUUUGCUGCUCUCAGGGCUUCUAAUUUAUGAUGUCUUUUGGGUCUUUUUUUCUGCUUACAUCUUUAAUAGCAAUGUCAUGGUGAAAGUGGCCACACAGCCAGCUGAUAAUCCCCUUGAUGUUCUAUCCCGGAAGCUUCAUCUAGGACCAAAUGUUGGCCGAGAUGUCCCUCGCUUGUCUCUGCCUGGCAAACUUGUUUUUCCAAGUUCCACAGGCAGCCACUUCUCCAUGUUGGGAAUUGGAGAUAUCGUGAUGCCAGGUCUUCUGCUGUGCUUCGUCCUGCGUUACGAUAACUACAAAAAGCAAGCCAACAGUGACUCCUGCGGGGCCCCGGGACCCGGAAACAUUUCUGGACGCAUGCAGAAGGUCUCCUACUUUCACUGCACCCUCAUCGGAUACUUUGUUGGUCUGCUAACUGCAACGGUGGCGUCUCGAAUUCAUCGGGCAGCGCAGCCUGCCUUGCUCUAUUUGGUGCCAUUCACCCUGUUGCCGCUCCUCACAAUGGCCUAUUUAAAGGGUGACCUGAGACGCAUGUGGUCCGAGCCAUUCCACUCCAAGUCCAGUAGCUCCCGAUUCCUGGAAGUAUGAUGGAUCAGAUGGAAAGUGACCAGAACCUCCACCGUGGUCCUUUUCCCUUAUCUCCAUUUGGUUUCCUCUGCAAGCUGGCCCGGGACUGGGAGAAGUACCAGUUUAAGGAACUAACGUGAAUGGACUUUUCAUUAAAAAGGAGGCUGGGCCGGGCGUGGGAGGAGGGAGAGAGUUUCUGGAGACCCUUCGGGUUCCUUUUCUUCCUUCAGAUAUGGAAUUGGGAACCCUUUCUGAAGCUGCACCCAUCUACGCCCGCAGUCCUCCUUGCCCCCUCCCCCCUGCCCCCGGCCCCUGCCCCCUUCUGUUUUUACGGAUCUGCACCGGACUGUUACCUUCGGGGGGGAGAGGAGGAGACCGAACUAUUUAAAAACUGAAAACGGCAAGGAGUCCGUUCAGGAACUUGUGAACACUAAAAAAAAAAAAGAGGAAAAAAACAAACACAAAAAACCAACCCCAAGCAGAGCGAGGUUUCUUCAGUGAACCGUCAAGUACUUUGGGGCCAGUUUCCCCUGGAGGACUUGAGUUUCAGAGAACUGAGUCAGAAGCUCUUCCGUCACUAUAUUCUUCUUUCUUUUUUCUUUUUCUUUUUCUUCUUUUUUUUGGAUUUAUUAAAUAUUUCCUGUGGUGUGAAGUGACUUAUUAAAUCCACAGAUAUUGAGUGACUACUUGCAGUAUACAUAUAAGAAUUUGUUGUAAUGAGUUACAUUUCCACCCAGAUGUCGUGUUGCAGUGAGCACGAUUUUUAUACACACACACACACACACACACACACACACACACACAUACACAUACAUGCGCGCGUAUAGAUAUAUAUAUGAAUAAACAAAAACCUGCUAAGAUCAUGCCAUGUAGCAGUCAGGGGCUUGCUGUAAUUUUUAGCAUGUAGACCAGUUUAUUAUGGCUUUUCUUGUAUAUGAAUCUACAAUAAGCUGCUGUUUUUUUCCCCUCCACAACUGAACCCGCAGUUUAAAAAACAGUGUAGUAUUUGUUUGUACUGAUAUACUCAUGGACUUUAGGGGAUUCUUAUUUGGUUAUGAUCAAUGUAGCAAACUAGGGAAGAAAAAGUUGAAACCCUUCUGCCCUUUUUUUUUCUUUUUACAGACUUCUUCCUUGCAGGUUUUUUAGUAGUUUCUUCUUGAACCAAUGCAUGUAUUAUAGCAGCAGGUGUCUUUGUGCUUUCUGAUCAUAGUAAUGUACCACUUGUAAAUACAUUUUUUCUAUUUUCUAUUUUUUUUGUAUUUUUGGCAUUUUGUUUCAUUAGUGUGCUGUAUUUUUCCAUGCCCUCGCCCCCUUAAAAGAAAAAAAAUCCAGAAAACAAGAAAAAGAAAAAAAACAGAAACCUGUCCUUUGCUGUUGUGAUUGUGGUCCGAGUUUACCUGCUGUGACUGCUUUGUACAUGGGACUCUGUUAAAAUGUGGACUUUUCUAACCAA